AUGGUGGUCAUCGAGUGGCUGGUCCUGGCGAUCCUGCUGAUAUUGGCCGUCCUGGUCAAUGUGGUCGACGACAUCUUCUCGUAUCUGCGCCGCUCACCGCCAUCCAACGCCAAUCAGCACGAGGCUCAAGCCCAAGCCAAAAAGGCCUUGUGCCUAGUGGCGCUGAGCGCCGAGACAAUAGGUCCCCUGCUUCUGCUGCCUCCCUCCCCCUCCCUCCCCCUCUUCUCGGUGCCGCGCACCCUGGAAGCCAUGCUCGAUGCCGACUUCCAUGGCAAACCCAUGCCUGCCAAUGGCCGUGACAAACAGCCUGAAGGUCCGGCGGCACCACCGACUGAUGGACCCCGCCAGGAAGAGCAACGCAGCAGCCGAGAUCGCGAUGAAGCCCCACGAGAGCGCAGCAGCCGAGAUCGCGACAGCGACUAUCCUCGCGCUCGCUCUCGCGGUCGCGAAGAUGAGCGCCGCCGCUCUCGCUCUCGUGACCGUGAUGUCCACCAUCGUUCCCGCAGUCGAGAUCGCCACGAUGACCGUGACCGUGGACGCUACCGCGAUGACCGUUACGAUGAUCGUUACCGUGAUGAUCGUUACCGUGAUGAUCGUUAUCGUGAUGACCGUUACCGUGAUGACCGUCGUCGCCACCGUCAUUACCGCGAUGACGACUAUGAUCGCCGUCGUGGUAGCCGUCGCCGCUCGCCGAGCCCUCCCCGUCCUGCACCAGGCCCGCGCCUCAGCGAGGAGGAGCGUGACGAGCGCACAGUCAUUUGCUCUCAACUCUCGCGCAAAACGACCGAAGCUGAUCUUUUUGAUUUUCUCGAGCAAAAUGCCGGCAAGGUUCGCUCAGUAAGCAUGGUGCGGGAUCGUAACACCGGGCGCGGAAAGGGCGUGGCAUACGCCGAGUUUCUUGAACCCGAAUCAGUGCCCACCGCGCUGACUCUCAACGGCCAGCGUCUCAAUCACGCCCCCAUUGUCAUCAUGCUUACGCAAGCGCAAAAGAAUCGCCAGGCCGCCGAGAAGGCACGCCUUGAGCGUGAAGCCAUGACCCGACUGCACAUCACCAACUUAUCAGAGCAAGUCACGGAUGACGAGACGCUGCGCGAGCUCGUCAAGGUCUUUGGUCGUGUACGCGAGUGCAAGCUCGUGCGCGAUGAAGAAGGCCAACCAAAGGGCGAGGCGUUUGUGCGAUACGAUGAGCCCAAUGAGGCCAACCUGGCGCUUGACGGCCUCAAUGAAAUGACUUUCCUCGGCAAUACCCUCAGAGCCACACUGGCGGCACAGACCGGGAUGGCCAGUGGAGCACCGGCCUUGGGCGCAAACAUGCCCCCGAUGGCCGGUGGUGUGCCGCCCAUGGCCGGCAACAUGCCCGGUAUGCCCGGUGGUAUGCCCGGGGGCAUGCCUGGGAUGCCCCAUAUGGGUCGAGGUGGGCCCAUGCCUGGUAUGAUGCCGGGCAUGGUUCCUGGUGGCAUGCCUGCGCCUAUGAUGCCCGGCGCCAACCCCAACAACGCACAAACCGAUACCGACGAUACGGAGCGCGGCGGACUGCGCCUCAACGGCACCUCACGUGUUGCUUUAAUGCAUCGCCUGGCUUCACGCGCUAACAUGGCUGUGCCAGGCAUGCCAGGCGCCAAGCCUCCCAAACCAGAGUCACCCUUCCUCGUUCUCCACCACAUGUUUGAUCCAGCCAAGGAAACCGAGGCAAACUGGGACAAGGACAUGGCCGAGGAGGUCUUGGAGGAGUGUACCAAGAGUGGACCCGUUUUCCACAUCGUAGUGGACAAGACCUCGCAGGGCGACAUCUACCUCAAAUUCUCCGACACGCGCUCGGCUGCGCACGCUAGCUCUGUGAUGAAUGGCCGUUUUUUCGAUGGCCGUCAAAUCACGGCUGAAUACAUGACUCAGGAUGAAUACUAUGCCAAGUACCCAGCUGCGAAGGCUGCCCUGACACCUUUGCAGCCGGCGGCCUAAGCUGAUUCAAGGCAUCCGUGAUGCUGCUACCGCCACAAGCCUGUUCUGGCUUUGACGCAUCUCGCGUUCUCUUUCGCUUGAUAUCGUAGUUUUACUUCUCUUGAUUGACCUGUCUGUUUCUGCUGUUGCGCCCUUUGCGCUACUUUGCCCCGAGUCUUUCGAUGUUCUUUGUCUUCAUGAGCUAUCCAACUUUCAAUAUGAUGCAACUGUGUUGUUCGUCAGCACCCUUUAAAUUCCCGCAUUUCACAUCGAACACUUCCACACAACACUUUCCUUCCAUGCGGCUUUUCCCCCUGUUCGUUGUUCUGCUUUCCAAGUCGUACCCUGGUUCGCUCUUUUUGUCAAACACAUGACGGCAAGUGCGAUUCUCCCCCCUCCUUUCUUCACGCCUCUGCGUUGACCAAACCAGAGGAGAAGGCGGGCUUGACCCGUCCUUAAUUGAGGCUGUGCCAC